UACAUUUCACUUGGUUAGUCUUGCUGAGGAUUUUCAUCAUUUGGAGUCACACUGAAAACAAUUCUCCCUUUAGCUGAUUAUUGCUAACUUUGGUUAUUUCAGCUUCUGCAUCCAUGGAUAAUGGUCCUUUCUGAGACAGCACCUAUGAAUCAGCUAUUCAGAACUUAAUGAAUUUGGUGAUUCGGUGACAAUGUGGAGAAAUCAUGUCAGAAAAUAUGGUUUGCACUGGAGCUGUCAAUGCUGUAAAGGAUGCUUGGGAAAAAAGAAUCAAGAAACAUAGUGAUGACCUGAAGCCAGAGAAGGAAUUUAAACAGAAGCUAGUGAAAAUCUGGGAAGAACGAGUAAACUUCACGAAGCUAAAAGAAAAGGUCACCAGGGAAGAUGGAAGAGUUAUUUUGAGGAUAGAAAAAGAGGAAUGGAAGACCCUUCCUUCUUCUCUACUGAAACUGAAUCAGCUCCAGGAAUUGCAACUUCAUAGAACUGGUUUGUUAAAAAUUCCUGAAUUCAUUGGAAGAUUCCAGAAUCUCAUUGUGUUAGAUUUAUCUCGAAACACAAUUUCAGAGAUACCUCGAGGAAUUGGAUUGCUGACUAGGCUUCAGGAACUGAUUCUUAGUUACAACAGAAUCAGAACUGUCCCCAAGGAACUGAGUAACUGUGCCAGCUUGGAGAAACUAGAACUUGCGGUUAACAGAGACAUAAGCGAUCUUCCACCAGAGCUCAGCAAUUUGGUGAAACUUAUUCACCUUGAUCUGAGUAUGAACAGCUUUACUACAAUCCCUCCUGCUGUGCUGGACAUGCCUUCCCUGGAGUGGCUUGAUAUGGGAAGCAACAGUCUUGUACAACUUCCUGAUACUAUAGAAAGAAUGCAAAACCUGCAUACAUUAUGGCUGCAACGGAAUGAAAUAACAUGCUUACCAGAUACUAUCAGCAAUAUGAAAAAUCUGGGUACUCUUGUUCUCACCAACAAUAAAUUAGAAGAUAUUCCAGUGUGCAUGGAAGAGAUGACCAAUCUGAGGUUUGUCAACUUCAGAGACAACCCACUGAAAUUGGAAGUAUCACUUCCUCCCAGGGAAAGCACAGAUGAAGAGGAACAGGAAUUAUUUGGCCUUCAGUUUAUGCACAUAUAUAUACAGGAGUCACGAAGAAAAGCAGAUAACCAAGUUGAUUGUUCGACUACAUCACCAAUCUCUAUAAAUACUGAUGGAUAAUAUGAUUCAAGAUGUCCUGCUGAACAGAUACUAGAAGAGGAUUACUUUGAGAAUUUGGUGAAUUCUCUAAUGUUCAGACUUCUAAAGUAAAAAACAAAGCUAUUAUCAAAGUUGAUUGAGGCCACAUUUUUUAAAGUUCAUAUUAUCUGCUAAUUAUAUUUCCAUGAAUAUAAAAAUACAAUUUAAAAUGUUUUUCUGGUAUUUUUUGGUAGAAGACAGAUGUUCAAAAAUUUCUUUCCAUUAAACAGUUGUUUCUGGUAAUGAAGAAUGAUUUGGUAAAGCAGUUAACAACACAUUUUCCAAAGACACCAGAGGGUCUGUAUAGUACUGUAGUGCAGGACUGAAUCCCUUCUGCUGUAAAUACUCGAUUCGGCCUUGGUCGAUCAGUAAUUUACAAAGAUGUCCUAUUUUCUUCUUUUCUUCAACAGUAAGAAACCUGAAUUGAAUAAACACAUACACAUUAAAAUUUUGUGAAAGUUCAUAGAAAAUUAUUUCAGUCACUUCUAUUUAUUGAUAAGUUGCUAAAUAGCCCAUAAUAAACUCGGUGCUAUGUACCAUGCUCCACAUGCUUCCAUUUAUGACCAAAAUAAAAACCUGUGUGUUUUA